CGCCUCCUUCACCGUAGUUUUGACAGUUCGAGAUUCACAGCAGUUGUUGAUUCAAGUAUACUUUCAAAACUGCAUUGCAUACGGAAAAAAGAAAAUCGGUCGUCGGGAAAUCUGAACUCUUCCCAUGAAAAGCGCGUAUGAAACAUACGAUCCGCGUGCUCCGCAAGGAUUAUAAUGGAUACCACUGUGCAAAUUUUGUGUAUAGCCUGACAGUUGCUGGCAUCGAGACCAUCCUCCGUCGGCCCUGGGAUUUCAUGUAUUUGUUGUGCAUAAUAGAAAUUUUUAUCCUGGACAGUGUUGUUGGAACCCUAGAGUAGUGCGCGUUUGUCGUGACGGUUCACAACGGGAAGAAAUGAAGCGGUAGUGGUUAGCAAGCUUCUGCUAAAAGAUGGAGGGUGGCAGCGUCGGCGUCGGUCCGGCCCUGGCGACGCGGCGUCGAGAUGCAGUGCCGUCGGUGCACGGCGUCGCGAAAGGGGGCAUCGGUGGCCCCGUCAGGGCCAGGCUCAGCAAUCAUCAAAGGAACCUUAGUUUGGACUUUAGGUCUAUGGGCAUCCUGCUCCCCCCUGUUGCUCAAAUCACCUCAUCUGCCUCAUCGACGAUAGUCACUCCAGUAUCGGCAGCCACAGUCACUUGUCCUGCCCUCACACUGCAUCACAGAAACCGUAGUUUAGACUCCGCCCUACAGCGAAUCCCCGAGGUAGACGUCACUCCUUCGCCGGAGUGCGAGACCACCGCUAACGCCCAAAUGGGCGUGGCCAUCGGUAAUGGUACGGGGACUACGCAGAAUGAUCAUUUGGAUGGGUUAAGUUCGAAAAACUGCCCCAGCGUCCUAAGUCUUGGAGGUCCAUGCGUGAAGAAAAGCGACGAACUGGCCAGCUUAGGUUCAGAUGAUUCUGGUAUCAUUUGCAAUGGUUCAGACGCCGGUAGCUCAGAAGAAUCGAAUGUUGCAACGAGGGAAAGCAGCGUGGAAUUCCUCAGUGAUAAAAAUGAUGAGGAUGAAGAGAAGAAAUGUGAUAGCACAGAUGGAGGAUGCGAAGAGAAGAGGCCGCCUCCCAAAAGUUCUGGUCUCUUGAGGCUUCUCGAAAGCAAAGUCUUCGACGUAUCAAUGGCGAUGCACUACCUGUUCAACAGCAAAGAACCAGGAGUUUUGACCUACAUCGCAAACAAGAUGUUUACUUUCGAAGAACGUGAAGUCGACUUCUACCUUCCUCAGUUAGUCUGCAUGUACAUACAAAUGCACGAUGUUGCCGAAGUUAUACAUCGAUAUCUAAUCCACAGAUGCCGAAACUCCAUCGACUUUUCCCUGAAAUGCGCUUGGUUACUCGACGCGUUCAGUUCGGAUGCCACCGUGCCAACAAAGAAGAAACCUCACGGCAUCAAACUGCGCAACCUGAUCCUCAGCGAUGAACUGAGGCCGAAGGACCAAACGAGUCAGAAGCUUGCCAAUCUGACAUUACCUUUGAGCGCCACCGGCGAUAAGUUAGCCUUACCGCCACAUGUCAAGAAAUCGCAUCAAAGGUCACAAAGUGACGCCAGUGCCCUGAUACCCGGCCUGAAAAAGACAGGCGCUGGAGUGACGAAGCUUUGCCUGGGCGAUCUGAGUACGGGCAAAGCUUUCGAUAAUGGCUGUUUAUGCUUUGACAGCUGUCAAGGAGUCGUCAACGAUCUAAGGGGAGAAAAGACUGAAUGCACUUGCUCGGCCCCGCGUUUAGGCCCCGAGCUAGAGUUCACAAAGGCGCUGAUCUCGAUCGGUCGGUUGCUGGGCUCAAUACCUACGAAGGAGGCCAAAACUACACGAUUGGUCGCCGAACUGACGAAACUCAACUUGAAUCUUCCUGCGAGGGUGUGGCUUCCUCUUAGCGCCCGACCACUUCAUCUUGUGGUGAGGAUACCGCCUCAAGUUGCAGCUGUACUCAACUCUAAAGACAAGGCUCCUUACAUAAUCUACGUGGAAGUGGUCGAGGUGGAAGACCUGGAAAGCUCACCUGUACCUUCAAAAAUAAUGCCCACCCUGAGGCAUACAAGGUCUGAAGAAAAUCUAAAACACGAAACGUCGUCCUUAUCAGCGUUUAGUGUAUGUGGUGGUUGCUAUGACGACGUAGAUCCUGACUGGAGCCAAGAGGACGAUGAAAUUUCGCAACAGUACACACAGUUGAAGCGUCAGCCGGUAGAUAGAGAUACGAUAUCACAAAUGAGCCAGGAAUCCAGUGAUUCCAGGGAGCCUCCGAUGUCAAUUCCUGCUAGUGAAAUCAGGAGAAGGUUGUCGGAUUUCUUCCAUGAAGAGAAAAACAAGCAGUUUACUCAUGAUCCAGAAGACCCUUCUGCUGCUGUCUUGAAAGAACCUUGGCAGGAAAAACAACAACGGAUCAGAGAAAGCUCUCCAUAUGGCUACCUGUCCACCUGGAGACUUCUUUCGGUGAUUGUGAAGUGUGGUGAUGAUCUACGCCAAGAACUGAUGGCUUCACAGAUCCUGGAGACUUUUCAAAAGAUCUGGGAAUUGGAACAUGUACCAUUGUGGGUACAUCCAUACAGAAUCCUGUGUCUUUCGGAUGAUAGUGGCCUCAUAGAACCAAUCCUCAACACUGUGUCACUUCAUCAGAUCAAGAAGCAUUGUCAGCUGUCUCUACUCCAGUACUUUAUCAAAGAGUACGGACUGGUGACGUCAGAAGGCUUCCUUACGGCUCAGAAGAACUUUGUACAGAGUUGCGCUGCUUAUUGUCUCAUCUGUUAUCUUAUACAAGUUAAGGAUAGGCAUAAUGGCAACAUUUUGCUGAAAAGCGACGGUCACCUGAUCCACAUAGAUUUCGGGUUCAUUCUCUCGGCGUCACCUAAAAACCUGGGUUUUGAGAAAUCGCCUUUCAAGUUAACCUCGGAAUUCGUCGAGGUUAUGGGCGGAGAACAGUCAGACAUGUUUGAGUACUUCAAAAUACUGAUACUGCGAGGACUAAUUGCUGCAAGGAAACACCACGGGAUGAUCGUCACUUUGGUGGAGAUCAUGAGAUCAGGUUCCCAACUGCCAUGCUUCAAAUCGGGCGCCUCCACGGUGCAGCAUCUAAAGAACCGUUUCCACAUGGGGAUGACCGAAGAGCAACUCCAGCUAGAGGUGAAUCGCAUGGUGGAAGGAAGCAUACACUCUCUUUCAACGAAACUUUACGACGGGUUCCAGUAUUUCACGAACGGGAUACUAUAACCGCUCGUCAUACACGGAGACUUCUAGUUUGCUUAUCAUCAUUGGCCAAUCAGAACCGGAAAAUAGUUUUUUUUUAAAUUAAUAUUGCGGAACAGAUGCUAAUUCGGAUAAUUUGAACGCUGCUGAAAUACAGUUUCAAAGCAAAAAUAGGAAUAUGAGGAUUUUUCUAUCAACUUCAUUUGUGUCUAUGAUGGUUUGCCAAUAAGCAGGAUGUUCGAGAUGUGUUCUAGGUUCUUUUUUUUUUCAUUUGGAUGGCUCAUUUUGUAUGGUGGCAAGAAUCCAAGAGAUUCAGUUUUCAGCAACUCCAGUUGAGUGUCCUCCUGAUUAUGUUAUCACCAAUAGGUUACAACUUAUUGAUAAAGACUUGCGACCUCAGAAACCAUCACAAAAAAUCCAGUGAGGCCAUAUCUCACAAUCUUGGAGGUUAAUUCAAGUCUCAUUUGCCAGAGAUAACCAUAUCCAAAAUGUGCUUUCUUUAAUUAAUAUAAAAGGAAAUCCUAUGAAAUUUGUUCUAGAAUUAUCUUAGAUAUGAUUCAUUUUGCAUGUACAAAUGGUAAUGGACGUUCCGCUUGAUAAAUCGCUUAUGAGGUUCCACAGGGAUCGGUUUUGGGGCCAUUGUUAUUCCUGAUUUAUGUUACUACAGUUUUUCAUUGUCUUUGAAAGGAGAUAUCAGUUUAUAUACAGUUGAUACUACAGUAAUAUGCUUUUUCGAAAAUAUUGAUCAAAUUAAACCAAGUAUGGCUAUAUUUUUAUAAAUUGACUACAUCCAGCUGUCACUUUAAAAAAAAUUCUGAUCUGUCAACAUGUACAGAACCCGACAAAAAGGAUCUGAUGCAGCGGAAUUCAACUAUAUAAUAGACUAUAGACUGAAAUAAAUAGAUAAAACACCCUCAACAUGUCAAAAUGAAAUUGAAAAAAAUAUUUAUUUGAACCUGUAAUUUGGUGCUAAUGCCGAUGUAAAUGCUCACUUGCAUAUGACAACAAAUUCGUCAGCCUUUUGUUCGGGGAUUCUGUCGAAAUACUUUCCUUAUUUUAUGGCCCGUGCACUUUACAUAAGGUUUCCGGACCGAAAGACAACCGAUUGUGCGCGGCAAUUGAUGAGUUACCGAUAAGCUGAUACAGACCGAUAAAUUAUGGGUAUCGGCUAAAAUUCUAUAUCGUUUGGUCUCCAUUCAAUCUUGGAUAAAAGAAAUGUUUUCGGGUUGCUACGGACCAAUAACGGUGCCGGUCUAAAAACUACACGAAACUAGUUUUUUUCAACCUCAAGGUUAACACAAUCCGAAGCCAUUGGAACAACGUUAUAUUCCAGGCAAAAUGGGCCAUUCAAAUGAUGAAAAAACAUAAUUGAUACGUAACAUACAACUUGUUACAUUUCAUUUCAACACGCGUUACAUUUUUUCAAAAAUUAUUACGACUAGUAUAGUGUUUUGAUUUGUCAAUUGAUUGGCCGAGUUGAGAUUAAGGCGUAAUUAGUAUAGUUUCGAAAAUCAGAGCAGUAUAUGAGAGGACCUCAAGUGCUCAAAAAAUAAGUUUGUGGCUUUGGACGAUUGCGCGUCUUUUAACGUUUACUGAGCUAGAAUUGAUGAAAUAUUUAUAAACACAACUGUCUUUUUAAUACUCGAUCACCUUAUGCAAAUAUUUCUUCGAUUUCUGUUUUAACCGUGCUAUAUACAUAGUGCAAACAGUGCGGUGGUGUAAAUACACAUGAACUGCUGGUGCGUAGUUAAGUGCGUAAAAAAUAAAUGAAAUACUCAAAGGUCAAUUGUUCUUCGCGUAUACACAUACAAAUUAAAGUCGAGGCCAAAUAUGUAUAGACAGUUUUUCUAUGUAUCCUAUUUUAUUAAAUAUAUUUUUCCUUAUAGUUUGUAAUGUUAGUUUCGACAAACUGAUGUUCUUUUUGCUACAUACGAGAUCAUUCUGCGUUUAUUUUAUUUAAAUAUUAAUCUAUACUCUUAGGCCCUUAAGUUUGAAGUACUGGAAAAAUUAUGAACCAAUUUCAUAAAAUAUUCACAAAUCCAAAUUUCUAUAUUUUUUUCAGAUUGUCACAGAAUGACUUCUUUUUGAAAUUGACAAAUGAAGUUUAAAGUAAAUGGUGAACAUCGAUUUGUCAGUAAACUGUGUUGUGUAUUUAUUUCAACAUUGUUUUUAAAUCCAGCCGAGGACGUUGAUAAUAUAGUCGAAGGUUAUGAAAUUUUUGGAGUUUAUAUAUUUAUUGGAAAAAAAAGCUGCACAAAACAUUCCAAGAUAUUACAGAGACUUAAUCGUUUGGAGAAUGUUGACCUAAGAAACUUGCAGGUGGAUGGUGUUUUUAAUUACAUUUUGAGAUAUAAGGUGUGGAAAUUUGUUGGAUUAAAGCUAGUUCAAGCAAAAAUUCUAUGAUGUUUGAAUUUAGAUGUAACCAGUGUUAAGCAUUUCUUAUUUGUGAUAAAUCUCAUUUAAAAUUGUGAUUUAGUUUUUUAUCAAAAAAAUAUGGUAAAACCGCUUAAAGUCGGAAUAAUUUUUCUGGUCUUCCUAAAUUGCCAUUCUCGAAGUAUUUUAUGACGAUAUUCUCCAUUCACUGUUUUAUACUUUAAACAAAUAAUCAAGCAGGGUAACUAGAGUGUUUAAAGCUUGUGUUUUAAACAAUAAAAAUCCCCAAAAAGAUUAAACCUAUACAUAUAUGAUUGCCAAUCUUUUAACAUUUUAUUACUUGUGCUUUAAGUGGAUAUAUUUUCAAGUUGCAGAAUACUUUAUAGGUAUACAAGGUGUGUCAGAAUGAAGGUGAUAUAAAUUGAUGAGUAAUUCUGAAAAUGAAAAGGUUUGUUUUUUUAUGAAUUCAAAUGCUAAUCCAUUUUUAAUUUGAUCUAGAAACUCACAAUGCUCUUGCUUAUGAUUUCAUACCCAUUUACAAGUUAUCGCCUAGUUUUUUCACCACUUUGUAUAUUUAUUUGCAUAAGUAAAUAUUGUACAUAAAAUAUUUAAAAUCUAGUUAUGCGAGUUAAUUCAAAAUAAAUAACCAAUCAAAUAUAAUGAUAUAGUCGAAUUUAGUGAAGUGUCCAUCCAUUUUUAUAAAACAAUGCAGGAUAUAUUGUUGAGUGGUUGUGUGGUGCAUUCUGCUUGCGCGAAUUCAAGAUGUAUAAAAAAUUGUUGGUAAAAAUGUUUAUGUAUAUAAAGUAUUGUUGGUUCCUUCACUGAAUAAGGCGAUUGAGACAGUAUGGCUAGGUUAUUAACUGCUCUUUCUAGAUAGAUUAGAUCUUUGAAACAACUUGAAAAAGUGCUCUUGGUCUGAGGUCAGAUAUUUGCUGAAUAAUUACGAUUUAAACAAAAUCAUUAAGCGUCUCAAUAGCGUAAUUUGUUCAUUAAGUAAAUUGAAAUUUGUUGAGAGUCGAGCAGUCAGGUCACACAACCACCAGAACAUAGUCUAGUUAAUUCAAAACUAUUCUGACUGAAUAAAAAAAUAGAGGUGUGCAUUCUAUUUCUUGCUAGAGUACCUACAUGAUACGUUGGAAUAUUCAAAUUAAAAAUAAAAAAAGAAAUAGUAAAAGUGCUUCUAGUCAAAAUGAUUACAUUUAAAAGAGGAGCAGGGUAUAUAAUCGAACCAAGUUCAGUGUUCCAGAUAUUUUGCAAAACUCGUUUUCAUUUAUUUUUUAAAAUGCAACGGGUUUCAGCCAUGUUACAUCCUAUAAUUUAAAUUUUUUUUGGGAUCAAUGCCAUAAAAUGUUCCAUUUCAUUGCUGUGACAUUGCUGAUCAGCUGCUUUCAAUUUCUUCUGAUUCUUUGGAUAAAUCAUGCCUUUAAUCAAAUUUCUAACGUUUCGACGUUUAUUUUACGCCUUCCGCAGGGCAACACAAAUUUUAAAAAUACAAAAUUGGAAAUGUAGCAAUGAAGUGAGAAAAAAUCAGUUCAAAAAAUUAACCAAAAAAAUACAAAAGAAUAUAAAAACUAUAGAACAAACAAACGAAACCGAUGGCAAUAAACGUGCGUACAUAUUAAAAGUUAUUAUAUGAAAAUUUAGGCUCCAUCAUCUAGUUAGAAAUGUUUUCUUUAAUGUGGCACAUUACGAAGAAAUAUUAAAAACCAGAUUUAAAAAACAACGAACGCAUAUCGGUCCAGGUCCAAACAUCCUGGUCUUCGACUCGGAAAAUUAGGUGCCCUUAUGAUAUUACUUAUGAUAAAUGUCAUAAUCAAGAAGUUAUAAAUGUGACUAAGAUCGUGAGUGUUUGUUUUUUAGUUCACAUCAUUGUUAUGUAAAAGAUGAAAACCAUUUUCCUAAUUAUGCAUUUUUUGUAAUUGCAUUCGUUGUCUAAGUCAAAGUUGAAAUUAUGAUUAUUCUGGAAUUGCGAAUUCAAUUUUUUAACUCACUUUUUCUCACUUCAUUGCUAUAUUUACAAUUUUGAAUUAUUAAAUGUAUUUUUUCUCACAAUUUUUGUAGCCCUCGAGAAAGGCGUAAAAGAAACGCCGAAACGUUGGUAAUUUGAUUAAAGACAUUUUAACGCCUGUCGAUGUAACAAUCCGAAGGUAUUGAAUCAUCACCCUGGGACAAGAAGUUAUUUCUUUUGCAUUACUGACGAACGUCGUUUAAACUGUAAAAAGGGGAUCAUCUAGGUACUCUACUUGCCACCAAGUAAGCGCCCUUCGUACUAAAGGAGGCCACAAAUAAACGAACUGUUGUAUUUAACAUGCAAAAAGACUGAUUCACAACAGUAGACUUUUUGCAUCCGGUUAUAAUUUGUUUCUCUUCCGUUUGUCGCCUGAAUUCAUCUGUCGUAGUGUAUAGUUUUACAUAUUUCGUUACAGUGUUACUGUUUAUGCUCACUUAUAUGUCAGAUCUUUGUGUGUGCAUGUGCGGCUAAGGUAUUUGAAACUUCCCAUACUGUGCAAAAAUGUGUGCAGUGUAGAAUGAUGAAGUGAAAUAACAGGAGGAGAAACAGUUCGAGACGAUAAUGUGUCCAAUGAAAUGAUUUCUAUAUUUCGCUCACAUUUUUAACGUCUUGUCUCGUAUGAGUUAUGACGCAAAAAAAUAUUGAGCACACGUCAAAUCGUUUUGUCAUGUCAGUGAGCAUGCAGCUUCUGUGUGCUUUUUCCAUCAAAUAUUUUUUCCAUAAACAAUUGUAUUUUAUUAUACAUUAUAAAUUGUAUUUAAGGAUAAUAAAACAUUUUUAAUCUA